AUGGAACCGGAAAAAAGGCUUUCGAAUUUUGCCGAACUUCCCGGUGAUAUACCGAUAGGUCGCAGGUUCACAGGCCAUGAAAGUACAGAGAUAAAUCGUGAUCGAAAGCCUAUAAAGCUCAGCAGUUACCAGGAAUCUUCUUCGAUCAACGCAUCAGCGGACGCACCCGAUGAUGGAAAGCUCAAGGCCGGCAGCGAUGGGCGCAUCAACAUCGAUCUGAAUUCGAAAGCUGUGAGGACGCUUUCGCUGCUCUACGGUGAUGCUCUUAACGACAUACCGGAAGAUGCGCCACCAGAGUAUUCAGAAUUCCUAGACGGACCGGAUCGCUACAAGUCGUGGCCUGUUAAACUGAACAUUGUCAUCCAAGUUGUAGGCAGUCGAGGAGACGUCCAGCCUUUCAUCGCGCUUGGUGACGAGCUUCGGCGGUAUGGCCACCGAGUGAGGCUAGCGACCCACGACAUGUUCCAAGAUCUCGUGCGAGGCUCCGGUUCUGGACUAGAAUUCUACCCAAUCGGCGGUAAUCCUUCAGAAUUGAUGGCGUACAUGGUCAAAAACCCCGGUCUGAUUCCUAGUCUCGAGAGCUUGCGGGCUGGUGAGAUCAAGAAGAAACAGAUGAUGGUCAGGGAGAUGUUGGAAGGGUUCUGGAGGUCAUGCAUCGCACCAGACAUCAUGAGCCAUGAGCCAUUCGUGGCAGAUGCUAUCAUUGCCAACCCACCCAGCUUUGCACAUGUCCACUGCGCACAGGCUCUUGGAAUUCCCGUUCACAUGAUGUUCACUAUGCCAUGGACAAGUACGCGAGCAUUUCCACACCCACUAGCGAAUCUGAAAAACGCCGAGGGCAAACAAAGCGCUGCAAAUUACCUAUCAUAUGGGGUUGUCGAUUGGCUAACAUGGCAAGGACUUGGUGACGUUAUCAACCAAUGGCGCCAGACGCUGGACUUAGAGCAGGUGGGGAUGUUCGAUGGCCCUAGUCUUGCGACCACACUGAGCAUUCCCAUGACUUACUGCUGGUCUCCGGCUCUCGUACCGAAACCCUUCGACUGGCCGGCCCACAUAGACGUCUGCGGUUUCUUCUUCCGGGAUCCUCCUCAGUACGAGCCACCAGCUGAAAUUCGAUCCUUCAUUGAGAGUGGACCGCCACCUGUCUACAUAGGAUUCGGCAGCAUCGUUCUUGAAGACCCUCAAAGAAUUACCGCAGUCAUAUUAGAGGCUGUAAGAGCGAACGGAUUUCGUGCUAUCGUGUCCAAGGGAUGGUCAAAGUUGGGAGAUCACGGAGAGUCUCAUGAAGAUAUCAUCUUCAUUGGUGAUUGUCCACACGAGUGGUUGUUUCAGCAUGUGGCCGCAGUGGUGCAUCAUGGUGGCGCUGGAACGACUGCAUGUGGUUUGCUGAACGGCAAGCCCACGACUAUCGUUCCAUUCUUCGGAGAUCAACCAUUCUGGGGCCAGAUGGUAGCUGCUGCUGGUGCUGGUCCGAUGCCUAUUCCUCAACGGGACAUAACGGCCGAAAGCCUGUCUCAAGCGAUCAGAUUCUGUUUAUCACCUGAAGCGGCGAGCGCGGCUGCAGUCAUUGCACAGAAGAUGCAAUCUGAGAGAGGCGUCGAAGCUGCAGUUAUGUCUUUCCAUCGGAAUCUCCCAUUCAGAGACAUGUCUUGCGAUGUACUACCACACCUACCGGCAACUUUCUGCUUUGACAAGAAAGGCCACAGGAUGAAGCUUUCUUCCUUGGCUACAGAAGUUAUGACACUGAGAUUCUCAAAGGAUGCCAAACAUCUAAAAUUAUACGAGAGCAGACCCGUUGUCAUAGAGCCUCGCCGAUGGGAUCCCAUCUCCGGUGGAGCGUCCGCAGUCCUUGGCACUACAGUCGAUCUUGCGACAUGCGUCACAGGAGUUUUCACGAAACCAAUAACGGAGUAUCGAGACGAUCGCGACCGACGUGCCUACGAAGACUCAAAGCUAGAUGUUUCGGGAGCGUCCAAUACCAGUAUUAAUCAUAUCGACCAAUCGAAGCCGAUGUCUGACAGCGCAAGUGCUGAGACAUCAGCAAACAGCGUUGUUCCGAAACGUAAAGCCAUCUCAGCAGGUCAACUGGCAGGUGCGUCCGGAGCGAGCAUUGCCAUGUUUGCUCCAAAGGCCCUAAAGGGUAUGACAGUCGACAUUCCUCUCGCGAUUACCGAUGGUCUCAAGAAUGUGCCUCGACUCUACGGCGAAACACCUCGUGACCACGGGCCUGUGACAGGCUUCAAGAGUGGCGCAGCUGUUGCAGGCAAGACUUUCGCGUGGGGCUUCAUUGAUGGAGUGAGUGACGUUGUUGUAAAGCCAUACCAAGGUGCUCAGGAGGAAGGUUUCAAAGGCGCUGCAAAAGGGGUGGGCAAAGGAAUGGCUAGCAUGGUCACAAAGACCGGUGCUGGCAUGUUCGGUCUUUUUGGGUAUACAAGCGCAGGUAUCGCAAAAAGCUUGAGAACGGCAGUCUACACGAAGACCAGAAAAAGUAUUGCUGAAGCGAGACAUGCAGAGGGCAGGUGGCUAGUUGAGAACGACGAACAUAGUACGGAAGAGGCUGAGAAGAUCAUUACGCGUUUGUUAGCACGGAGAGGGGAUAAGCAAUGA